AUGGUCAAGUGGCAAAGAACCCACAACGGCCAAAAACUGCCCAAAGCCGAGUUUUCGAGGAUAGUUGGAAAAGUGUGGGAAGCCUUAAACCCCGACAUUAUAAAAAAUGGAUUUGCAAAAAGUGGGAUUUACCCAUUUAGCAGGGAUGCAGUUCCGGAACAUAAAUUAGACCCCGACGCUGUAAAGAGUUCCAAGAUCGUCCAGUUUGACUGUCCAUCACAACUCACAAAACCAACAACCACAAAAUCUGUAACCCAUCCAAACUCGAAAAUAACUGUUUUGCAAGAUAUUAUAUCUUUAGAACCAAAUAAAAAAGUGUCUCGUGAAGAUAUAUUUUUUGGACAAAAACCUGUUCAACCAAGAGAAAUUAUUUUAAAAACUUUAAAAAAAAAAAGAAAAAUUAAAUGCGAAAUCAAACAAACAAAACCAAGACAGAAGAAACAGAACAAACAAAUUGAAGAUAACUUGUCUACCGAUAGUGAAUUUAGUCUUCAUGAUUCAGAUACAGAUGAGGACUUCAAAACGUAUAUUGAAAUGUACUUAAAAGAUAAAGAUUCAGAGGAAGAAAUAGAAAAUAUGUCAUUUGGAUUUACCGACAUCCAGUAUUAUGAAGAAAAAUCCCACAAAUUUACAGAACAGGACUGGGUACUGGUUAAAUUUUCGGCAAAAAAAAGCCUGAAGCACUAUGUGGGGCAGAUUGUCAAAAUAAAUAACGACAUUCCUACCGUAAAAUAUUUAAGAAAAACACAAACUAAACAGGGAUUACUGCAUUUUGUAUACCCCAAUGUUGACGAUAUAUGUGAAUUGCUGCAUGUUGAAGAUAUUAUUUCAAUUUUGCCAAAGCCUACAGUUUCACGUCGGGGCCAAAUAUCAUUCAAUGUUGAUUUUGGUAGCUUCAAUAUACAGUAA